AUGUAUCCAGGAGUGUUUUGCCAGCAAGUUUUGCCGCUUCUUGCUGAUAUGGACACAAGACGAACAUGCAGAUUCUAUGAUUAUACGGAAGGAACAACUAUUAUUAUUGAAGAGACUACUGAUAAGGAUGGAGAAGUCGUUGGGUUUAAGGCUGAUCUUCCCGAAAAUUCUUGUCCAGGAUCGCUGGAAUCCAUCUCCUUUACCGGAACUAUAAACUCCAAACACUAUAAAUGGGAUGCAAUUGAAAAUGGGUGGCUUAUGACAAAUGUGUGUCCCGAAGAUUGGAAGCUUCUGGAAAGACCAAAUUCGGUUACUGUAUGUGUUCGUUCGUUUUUCAAGGGAGAACGAAAAACAACUUGGGAAAUGGCAAAAGAAAUCUGUGAACAGUAUUAUUGGAAAUUGACUGGAAUUGAGACGAAGGAAGAGGCGAAGGUUCUAGGAUUCAAUGGAAUCGUAUGGACCGGAGGAUACUGUAACGGGACAUGUGAAGAAUACAAAUUUGUGGAUGGCUAUUCCUUUAACGCAUAUAUCGGAAACCUGCAACCACUUACACAUACUGAGCAAUGCAUAACAUAUAGCAAUGGAGAUACUAUGAACUUUCCAUGUACGGAGGCUAUCGAUGGAGCAUUUGUGGUUUUCAAAUGCAGAAAAUAUUGGAUUGAAACUUUUUUUUGA